AGCAAAAAGACACAGAAUUGUUUUCAAACAGGGUUUUUUCUCUUGUUUUCAUUCCGCGUUUGGUUUUUUUCCCCUCUCCCCCCGCCGAUAAAAGGCCGGAGCCGGCUCCGAGGGAGGAAAUGCUAAAACUGCAGCGCUUCUGCUCGGCGGCGAGCGCCCACUGACCCAUCCCGGCAGCAACCAGCAUCCCCGGCCACCGCGUCCCGCUCCCAGCCGGUGCCAAGCGGCACGAUGCGGGCGCUGAGCCUCGGCCUCAUGGCGCUGACCUGUGCCACGACGGCGCUGUGCGGGGCCGGGGCGCAGCGCCGGGCGCUCGACGGGGGCAGCCGCCGGCGCUCCCACCGGGUGCAGCACGGGCACUGCAGCUACACCUUCGUGCUGCCCGAGGCCGACCCCGCGCCCUGCGCUGCCGCCGCCGCUGCUGCCCCCGGCCCGGCCAACGCGCUGCUGCAGCGGGACUCGCCGGCCCGCACCGCGCACGGCGGCCACCGCGCGGCCCAGCGCCUGCGGCACCUCGAGAGCGUCCUGGAGAACAGCACCCAGUGGCUGCUGAAGCUGGAGAGCUACAUCCAGACGGGCAUGAAGCCGGAGGUGGCGCAGACAGCGGUGCAGAACCAGACCGCCACCAUGCUGGAGAUCGGCAGCAGCCUCCUCAACCAGAGCGCCGCGCAGAGCCGCAAGCUCACCGACGUGGAGGCCCAGGUGCUGAACCAGACGUUGCGCAUCGAGAUGCAGCUACAGGAGAACUCGCUGUCCACAACCAAGCUGGAGAAGCAGCUCCUGCUGCAGACCAACGAGAUCCACAAGCUGCAGAACAAGAACAACAUCCUGGAAGUGCGGGUGCUGGAGAUGGAGACGAAGCACCAGGAGGAGCUGGCAGGGGCCCGCUCCGAGAAGGAGAAGCUGCAGCGGCUGGUGAGCCGGCAGAGCGGCACCAUCGAGGAGCUGGAGAAGUCGCUGCUGGCCGCCAGUGCCAACGCCAGCCUGCUCCAGCGCCAGCAGCUCCAGCUCCUCGAGUCCGUGCAGAGCCUGGUGCGCCUCGUCUCCCAGGGCAGAGCCGCGCUGCCGGGGCAGGAGCAGCAGUUCCAGGACUGUGCCGAGGUGCGCCGGGCCGGCAUCCGCGCCAGCGGCGUCUACACGCUCCACAUCGCCAACCUCAGCGAGCCCAAAAAGGCAUACUGUGACAUGGAGACGGACCGAGGCGGCUGGACCGUCAUCCAGCUUCGUGCCAACGGCAGCCUGAGCUUCCAGAGGAGCUGGAGGGAGUACAAACAGGGGUUUGGGGAUGCUGCGGGUGAGUACUGGCUGGGUAACGAGGCCGUGCACCUCCUGACGAGCCAGGCCCCCUACGCCCUGCGUGUGGAGCUGCGGGACUGGGAGGGCGGCCAGGUCUAUGCCCACUACGGGAAAUUCCAGCUGGGGAGCGAGCGGCAGCUCUACAGGCUGUCGCUGCAGGACUACAGUGGCACAGCGGGGCAGCAGAGCGGCUUGGCACUGCAGGGCACCCGCUUCAGCACCCGCGACGCCGACAACGACAACUGCCUCUGCAAGUGCGCGCAGAUGCUGUCAGGAGGCUGGUGGUUCGAUGCUUGUGGGCUCUCCAACCUGAACGGCAUCUACUACCCGGCACGGCACAACAUCCGCAAGCUCAACGGCAUCCGCUGGCACCACUUCCAGGGGCCCAGCUACUCCCUGAAGGGCACCCGCAUGCUCAUCCGGCCCGCCGGCUUCUAGCGCCUCAGCCCGGAGGGGGGGCACCGGGACAAGGGAUGGUUUGGGGACACUGAGCCCUCCCGGGAGCUGUCCCUCAGCUCUCUUUUCCACUCUUGUUUAUCCCAUCUUCCUGGAGCCUGAGCAUCAGCAGCGGCACCGUGGCUGUGCUGGAGGCAGCAAUGGGGGGCUCUGGUGCUGCAGGAGCUGGCGUGGGGGGCUCUGAUGUGAACCACCAGACCCCUCCUCACUUCUCUCUCCAUCCUUAUGCUGGGACUCUGGUUUUUGCCCCAGGAUGGGGGUCCGAGACCCACCAGGACCCCCCGCACACGCAGCCAGGCUCCGAGGCAUGCCAGGGCUUUGCCUUUUCUUUCUUCGGGCAUUGCAAAGCUCCCACUGUCCCACUUUCCCCGCGGGAUCAGGGGAGCUGGAGGGGAUGGGGAUCCUUCUGAUGGAGGGGGCUGGCAGAGCCCUGGGAUGGGGUUGAGGGGUUGUGGGUGGGUGGUUUGAGAUGGGGCUGAGGGGUAGAAGGGGAUGGGAAGGAUCCUGGGGGCAGGUUUGGGGGUGUCUGAGCUGGGGCAGGGAUGGGAGGAGAUGGGGAUGCAGGAAAUGAGACCCCUCACUGUGGGUGCCCUGAGACAGCAAAGCCACGCUGAGGGCGCUUUGGGGAGCAGCCGGGGGUGCAGGGUACGGAGCAGCAGCAUCAGGGUCCCCAGAGCUGCCCCGGGAGCUGCCGCAGUUGGGGCUGGAGCCAUUUAUUUUUGUACUAAGAGAUAUUUAUUUUCCAAGUGUCUGGAAGGGGGAGUAAGUGGGGAGGUCCCUGCAGGGACCCAUCCCCCUGAUUCAACAACAGGGCAGGACAGAUGGACCCUGGGCAACCCCAGGGGACCCUGAGCUCUGCUCAGCUCGGUGCAUGGGUGAGCGCGCAGGACAGGGCUCAGUGACACCUGGUCACAGCUUUUCCCUGUCACCCUUAUGCAAGUGUCCUUGUCCCCCCGUUGUCCUCAGCCCCUUCAGCCCCAUUGCCACUAGAUGCCCCUCACAACCCAGUGGCAGCUCCCCACAGCAUCCUCACCUCUGGGUGCUCCACUGCAUCCCCAGGUCACCUUUCCCACUGGUACCCAAGCCCUGGGGACUGGUGGCAGCGGUGACACCUGCCUCCACAACACCCAGGCUCUCCAAAACAGGUCCUGUUCACCCCUUGCUGGGUGGGUGACAGCAGAGACCUCACAGAGCCGAGUUUGCUGCCACCAAACCCCAUUCCGCCCAUCGUGGGGGACAGAGCCAGUACCCCACAGCAGGGUAAGGGACCCAGGCGCUGUCCUGCCCGUCGGGACAGUGGGACCCGCUGGCAGGGUGCUGGCACCGGUGACACCCGGCAGCAGGGGGGGAGGCUCCGUUCACGCUGCCCUCAGCACGCGCUAAUUAACUGUGAUUAAAGCACGUGAUGUCGUUGGCGCUUCCCGAA